GAGCUUCGCCUGCGUCAGUGCAGCCUGAGUUCCAUCGACAUUUUGACGGCUCUGCGAAAGAGUCACCGCCUGCAGACAUUGGAUUUGGAGGAAAAUCGCCUCAGUUCCCUCCCUGCAGAGCUGCUGCGAGCGCUGCCCAGCUUGAAGACCCUGCUGCUGGCGAACAACGACCUGAG